UAGAAUCAAGCUCGCCAAAUUAGCGCUUCCGGUAUAAAUUGCUAGUCAGUUAUGCAAUAUUUUUUUGUUAAAUUACAUCGGUUGGCAGUUCAAAGUCAUUAAAUGAUCUGUUUUUCAGGCUUAUCACAAUCCAGGAGAAGAAUAUUUUAUCAUAUUUCCAGAAAUAUGUCCAAGUUUUAUGUAAGAAACGUGGAAAAUGACCGGUCUCUUCAGAUUACCUUUGAAUACUCCCAUACGAGUGGAGAAAAGAUUUUAAGUAGAGUUUAUAAUGCCAGCAGACCAAAAAGUGAGAUAAUUGACAACACUCUUACCAGAAUCUCACAAAAUAUUAGUAAAUUUAUAAGCAAGAAAUUGAAACGCAAGCUCAAAGCAGAUGGGGAAAGUUCUCUGAGUGAAAUAAAUAUCAAAGUCUACAAAAACGAUGGCAUAACAACACUAGAAGAAAACACUUCAACUGAAGAUGCGUUUCAACAUGGAAAUGUUGUCGCCAUUGAGAAUUCCAAAUUCAUUGUUGAUAUAAAUGCUCCUUGUUGCAAUGCCAUUGUAUUGCCACAAACUGUAAUGAUUGGCUUCCAAAUCUGUCCUAAUGUUGAGAUAGAAUUUGCUAGCUUGGAAGAUUCCUUGUUUGUUUGGGAAAAACUCAAAUAUGAUACCAGUGCUAAAAUGGGUCAAAAAGACAUUACUCAAGUUCCAAAAGAAAGAGUUGAACUAAGUAAAUCGUUGACAUUUACUCCAACAAAUGACGAAAUUGGAUACAGGUUAGCUUUGACAAUGACUCCUAGACUGGGUGAUAGAGAAGGAAAACCGAUGACUGUGGAAUGCAAGUAUGAUGUGACUGCUGGUCCAGAUCUGUGCCCUUUCGAGCAACGACACCUGUACACACAGAAAGAGACAGGAAGUGGAGAACUACGAGUUGUAAGCUACAACAUCCUGGCUGAUGUGUAUGCCAACCAAGAGUUUUCCCGAAAUGUACUGUUUAAUUACUGUCCACCCUACGCCCUCGAUAUCUCUUACAGAAAACACCUAAUGAUAAAGGAACUGAAAGGUUACAAAGGCGAUAUAAUCUGCCUUCAAGAAUGUGACUACAAAGUGUUUAUAUAUGAUUUUGUACCAGUCUUCGAACUGCUUGGAUUCCAGGGACUUAUGAGAGAAAAAGGUGGGGUGAGAGAGGGAUCAGCAAUAUUCUUCAGAAUGUCCAAGUUUAGGUUAGUCGAGGAGCACAGUACACUGUUAAAGGACUUUAUGGAGACAGACAAAUCAUGCCAAGACUUGGUAAAGCAGACCUAUGCUGUUCCUGCUCUUAAAGAGAUGCUGGAGACUAGAUCCACCAUUAUUCAUGUGGCAGCUUUGGAACCUGUAGACAGGCCAGGACAGAUACUACUUGUGGCAAACACCCAUCUGUAUUUCCACCCAGACUUCGCUCAUGUCAGGUUGAUUCAGACCAUCACUUCAAUGCGGUUUAUCAACAAACUGUUUCAACAGUAUAAGAAGCAGAAACCAUGCCUUGUGUUUUGCGGAGAUUUCAACAGUACCCCUACACGUGGAGUGUAUGAGUUUAUGACAACAAAGUCUAUAAAGGAGGACCAUGAUGCUUGGCGGAGUGGAGGAGAGGACCAGUUUGUUGCUGGCAUGAACUUCAGUCACACCUUUAAUAUAGGCAGUGGAUGUGGCCUGCCUGCCUAUACCAACUACACAAAUGGUUUCAAUGGUCAUUUAGACUAUGUUUUCUAUGAUACCGACGCAUUUGAAGUCUCUCAGGUUAUACCUCAACCAGACCACAAAGAUGUUGAGUUCCACACAGCAAUACCAAGCAUUGUCUUUCCAUCCGACCAUUUGGCACAAAUCUGUGACCUUCGCUGGAAAAACCCGUCACAUUUAUGAUGGCAAUGAUUAGCUUUGACAGUGUAUAUGAUUGUCUCAUGUGAACAGUUGUUUUCAUUAAAUUAGAAUUAGAGCCUUCAACAAAUUGAUAGGAGUUUUUCCGACUUUUAUGAAUAUUUUUUCCAUGAACUUAUCUGGUUUAACAUCAUAUUUUGAUUAUUGAUGCAUACUUUUAUUUAAUGUUGAUGAUUUAACGUGUUUGUUAGUAUUAAUUUCAAGACAAACAAUUUUACUAAAGUAUUUGUAAAAUAAAUAUCUUCAGUUUCAUCAAUGUUUUUGCAGUAUUAAAUAAAUAAGUGCUAUAUUUUCCAUUUUCAAUUGCAAAUCUUGUUAGUCAUUUUACAGAAUUUGACCAAAUUUUUAUUUAAUGUGUAAUUUACUGGUAUAUGAAUUUUUAUCGUUGUGUUGGAUACUAUAAUUUUUUAUGUUGUUAUUUCAAUUUCAAAUAAAGUUAAAUGAAUGAUUAUCUUAGAUAAUGAGUUAUUGGGGCGUAAGAUCAUUCGCAAUAAUAAAUUGAGUCAUUUUAGUCGAAAAAGAGCAUUCAAGUGGAUUCUUUUCAUAUUGUUUUUCAGAUACUGAUAUAAAAAAAACUUGGAACAAUUUUAGAGUGGGCGCGAAUAAUACAGUUAAGUGAUAAACAUUAAACAAUCUAAUAGUACAAAAGGAGAGGCGUAACCUCUAGUUAUCUCCACAAUCCUUACAAUGAUAAAUGUAUGUAUUGUUUUUAUCUUCAUGAACUUAACGCUUAAACUAAUAGUACACAUGUCAAUUGACAUUUUUUCUUUUACAUCAUUUAUGAGCACACAACUGUUUUAAACACAGCAUCGACAAUACUAGAAAAAAACAGUUUUCAUUGCAUAUUUAUAAGUAGUUCAAUGGUCGUUUCUUUAUAUUUAUGACAUUUUACUACACUAUACUAAUAUUUAUUAUAGCCCGGACACGAAAUGUAACAGACAGACAGACAUACAGACUGAAGUACGGACGGACGGAUAGACUGACAGGCGGACAAAGUGUAUUCCUAUAAUCCCCUCCCCGCUCCGUGGCAGGGGGUUAAAAAU